AUGUUUGAGAAAGUGAAAGAUGUACCUCUUCCGCAAGGAACUGUGUCACCAUGGCCUUCCAAUUUGGCAGUGUGCUGGCUCGACACAAGGAACAUCACGUAUGUCGCAGUUAUUCAGUCUAACAAUAUUCAUGUCGGAAACUGGGACAAUAAAGCGGAAACAGAAGUCAGUUGGGAUACUAUUGUCACUUCCGAGCCGUCAACUCCAAACGAAAAAGUGAUCGAUGUGACUACGGUUGGCUUGGUUCAUCCAAACGCCAGAAACUUUCCCGUCGUAAUCGUCGGCUCGGCACGAUUUAUUAACGUUUACGAUGUGAAGAAGAUAAGCCAGAAGCCAUUGUUCUCAAUUACGCUUGCAUCUGCACUCAAUGACCCAAAAACAGCUGUUGGAGGGGAUGUCGCACCAUACUGUAGAGGAAUUUCGUGUAAUGACAAUGCUAUUCUAGUUGGAACCCACACCGGCGAGAUUGUUGUUAUUAUGUGCAAUGGGGAUUCCAACUUCACGACUCGUAAGAAUUUGAAGGAGCACCGUAGCGCUAUUGCAGAUAUUGCUACAUGUCGUUAUGAUGAGGUUACAGUAAGCGCAGAUUCCAAUGGAGAGUUAAUCAUCUGGCAGAAACCUGUAAAAGGAGUCAAUUCCAGAGUUCUCACAAAGCAACCGAUAAAUGUCAUCAACGUUCUCCGAAAGCAGGUUAACGCUCACGCAAGACCAGUAAACAGUGUUUCUGUUGCUCCAGAAAGUGCAUAUGUGCUCACAGCUUCAGAAGAUGGAACUUUCGUUGUAUCCAAACUUCAUACAAGAAAGCCGCACGCUUAUCAGGUGGAGUACCGAUUUUCCGAUGCAGAUGAGUACAGCAUGAUCAUGGGGGCUCAAUUCACUAAUGGACGUGGUAGCGCUAUUGCGACUGCUGCUUUCGACAACAACUGCCUGACUAUGUACAAGAUUGUCAAGAAGAGUAAUGCAGCUCCUUCUACAUCUGCCUCCUAA